AUGUCGCCAGACCGCCAGCCCCAAUGGCCAACCUCAACCCCGGACUGGGAGAAGUGGCUGCCGAGGAUGGAGCACUUCUUCGGCCAGCAAUGGAAGGAUCAUGGCAUCUACCACUUGAUCAAGCUGUUCGACCGGCCGCUCAUCAUGGACCGGUCGCUCUUGGCCGCGGCCCUAUGCUCCUGGUCGUCGGCCACAAAUACUAUGAACCUUCGGUUUGGUAUGAUGACGCUGACCGUUCUAGACAUGGCCGCCUUAUUCGGCCUUUCUCCCCUCGGUAUGGAAGUAAAUGCCGCUCUGGUGGCCCCUGAGGCUGAAGGGAGUUUUAAGGCCUCAUGGCCUACGGUCUCCAAGCUUGCUGGGAGCAAGGCGAAGAACAUGCUCAACUAUUCCAGAUUCUAUAGCAACUUCGGCGUGGAGGACAGCGCCGAUGACGAUUCCAUCGCUCCCUUGGGCGAGGUCGAGCAUGCCGCAUUCUUGCUGUAUUGGCUAUGCAAGUUCGUGUUUUGCACCCAGGCGAACAAAGUCACCCUGGAGUUUGCCCACCUGGCCGACUAUCUCGCGCAUGAUGGAAAGCUGGCGCUCGGCCCAUUCCUCCUCGGUCAUAUCUACCGUACGCUUCACGACGUUGUCACGGGCGGGAUGAAGCCGAAGCACGGUGGUCCAUUAUGGGCCUUCCAGUUUUGGAUGCAGGCUUACUUCCCAGAGUUGAGGGGAGCGGCCAAUAUUACCGACAGCGAGCCGUUGGCAAAUGCGUUUGCCCGGGCCCCCAGGAAGCAUAAUACCUCGACUUCCUGUUAUAAAUUUUUCUAUGGCUUGGCCGAGAGGACUGCGUCCCAGUUUCGAGUGUGCCUUGCUCGGCCGUGCCCGUUGUUCUUGGCGCACGACCUAUCCGUGAUCCCUGAUGGUGAAACGGAGAAUGAUUUGAAGGAAAUCUGGGGCUCCUUCCUGGUCGCGCGCAACCUUCACUACGGCCUAUCCAAGGCUGGGGCCGCGGUUUAUCUCCCGAACUUUGUGGCGCAGUAG